CCAACCUUGAUCUUGAUCGAAAUAUGUUACCUAAAGUGUAAUGACCCAAAGGUUAUACAAGGUCAUGUGAAAAAGCGAAAUGGCGGCGUCCAUGUUAGUUCGUGCCGUACAAAAUACCCGACAAACUUGGUCAAAUUGCACCAGAUAUGCAUCUUUGGAGAACGCACAGUGGACACUUUGUCUGCCAGCAGUCUCCACCAUCCUGCCAUGUAGAACCAUGACCACCAGGCGGCGUGACCGGUUACCCCUCCCUCAGAGACUCUACGUCCCAGACAGAACCAGGACUGACGAGGACCGGCAGGCUGAGGAGCUGACACCACAGAACAUGGCGCACAUCCAGGAAUCUUACAAGGAGGAGGAGGAGUCUCUAACACAGGCCAGACUGUGCCCGCUUAAAGACGAGCCCUGGCCCAGACAUGCCUGGACACCAGAGUCCAGGAGAACAGGUGUUCUGGCCACCAAGAUUGGCAUGAUGCCGAUGUGGACCAAGACAGGGCAUCGACUCACCGUAACACUACUUCAGGUCCAGGACUGCCAUGUGAUCAGGUAUAUCCCAGUCGAGGACAGUGACGAUCCAGACAAAAAGCAGGGUAUGCUCACACUGGGACACAGAUCAUGCUCACCCUUUUAUCUGUCAGAGGAGUACUUGCGGAUGUUUGAAAAAGCUGGCAUUCCACCCAAGAGGAAGAUAGCAGAGUUUAAGGUCUCUAUGGAUGCAGCUAUAAAACCAGGUACCCCAUUGUAUGCAGCUCAUUUCAGACCAGGCCAGUAUGUAGACGUGUAUGGAAAAACUAUAGAUAAGGGAUUCCAGGGUGUAAUGAAGAGACAUGGGUUCAAGGGUCAGCCAGCCUCACAUGGACAGACCAAAACCCACAGACGACCUGGCGCUAUCGGCACAGCGGGUCAUGGUAGAGUCCUGCCUGGAACCAAGCUACCUGGACCCAUGGGAAAUGUUGUCCGUUACACCAGAGGUCUCAAGAUCUGGAGAGUCAACACCAAACACAACAUCCUGUACGUGAACGGUCAAGUCCCUGGCCACAACGACGGCUGGGUCAAGGUGUACGACUCCAUCCUGUACAAGUCCAAGCACAGGAAGCGGCUGGAGGACCACCUGGGCAGCCUGCCCUUCCCCACAUACUUUGAGGAGGAGGAAGGGGAACUGGAAGAGGACCUGUACGAUGAUGAGCUGUUCCGUUUUGACGAUCCAUCGAUAGUAUUCGAAACUGCUGAGGGAAAAAAGAAGUAGAAAUGAGCCUGGAAUUGCUUUACUUAGGCCACAGCAAGUAAAUUUUAUGAAUUACAUACUAGUACUUUUACAACAGUGCAAAAAGUAAGAAUGCCUAGAUUAGAUUAGCUGUAAUACCACCAAAUGUGGUAUUACAGCUAACACGUCUUUUAUUUCUGUAUUCAAAAAGUGCAGAAAGUGACACUAGUGUGGUAGCCUAGUACCAGUACAAUUACACUCAAAGUUACCACACUAAAAAAAGGAUGACUUUCACAAGUAUAUUCCAGGAUGUGUGGAACAAAAUUGUUUUUUUUUAUUUAUAAGUCAGACAAAAAUCAACACAUAAUAAAAUUUACCUGCUGUGGCCUUAGUUUAAGGCCAAACAAUCUUACUUCAGUUGCAUAAUUGUAAUGUCAGUCUUUGUUCAUUUUCGUAUCAUAUAGAUGAUAACACAGGACAAUCCUUCUAUGAUCAACAUAAGCUUUUGUAUCGAACUGUCAAAGCUCCAUCAAUUCACCAUCACAGAUUAGACAAAGACCAAAGUUUGGUCAUUAAAGAGCCGUUGACCUUCGGCUUGUACAGAAUGGUUUGGUUCAAUUUUUUAAAAUUAAAGUGAAGUCUAAGCAC